AUGGUGCUCAUUACUCAACUUCUAUCGGGCCUUGCCCUUGCUUCAGGCAUCCUUGCAUCACCUAUCGAGCGUCGUGCUGUUAUUAACCACGAUGCUGUCGUUGGGUUUCCGCAAACAGUUCCAUCCAAUACAGCUGGCUCACUCUAUCUGAAGUACAAGCCUUACCUCAAGGUCUUCAACGGAUGUGUGCCGUUCCCCGCGGUUGAUAGUAAUGGAAACACUGGUGGAGGCCUAGCCACAAGUGGCUCAUCUAAUGGAGGUUGCAGUAGCAGUCCCGGCCAGGUCUACGUACGAGGCGGGACUUACAAUGGCCGCUACGGCAUUAUGUAUUCUUGGUAUAUGCCAAAGGAUUCACCCUCUCCCGGACUAGGACAUCGCCACGACUGGGAAAACGCGGUGAUAUGGCUGUCUGGUGAAAGCACAAGUGCUACAGUUGUUGGCAUGGCAGUUUCUCAACAUGGAGGAUAUGACAAGAGAACUUCUGGUACAUUCUCCGGAAACAGUCCCUUAGUGGGCUAUACUGCCAUCUGGCCUACCAACCACCAAAUGAUCUUCACCAACGACCAAGGUGGCCAGCAGCCGUUGAUUGCCUGGGAGAGUUUGACCGCUGCGGCUCGUACAGCUUUGACAAACACUGACUUCGGCAGUGCCAACGUCCCCUUCAAGGACGGAAGCUUUGAGUCAAAUCUGGACAAGGCAGCUGUCUGAAACCUCACACAGAUUCUCAUGUGUGCAAGAGAUGUGCUGAAAGGGGAUUGACAACGGUUCAAAGCCUCUAAUCUGACAGAUUCCUAAUACACACGUGUUAAUCGACAGCAUAAGUCGGUAUUCGCAUAACGAAUAUCCUCUCAAAGAACUACAUGUUGUUGCCUCAUAAUUGACCCUGCGUUGUUGUUAAUGUGAUGGUCGUUUGCCACUCUUUCUACCCAUCCAAUUACA